UAAACAGAUCUGAGAAAUUAAUAAACAAUAGAAGAAGCAAUAGUAAGAGUUUAGUAGUGGUGCGAUAGGAAUCACAAUAGUAGAAGGAAAAUGGAUGUUAAAAAACUAGAAGAAGCAGAAGAAGAAGCAUCAAAUUCAAAGCCACUACUCAACACUUCAACUUCAACCUCUCAUUCCAACAAACCAACUCUUCUUCUCAAUUUCAUCGCCUGUAUGUCACUCAUUACAGCCGUCACCUUCGCUAUUCUCUUCUUCUCUCUCUCCCCGUCGUCAUCCUCAUCAUCCACCACCACCGCCCGCCCCCUUAAAAAACUCCCCCACCCCGUCGUCCUCCUUAUUUCCUCCGACGGAUUCCGUUUCGGCUACCAAUUCAAAACCCCAACCCCAAACAUCCACCGUCUCAUCAACAACGGCACCGAAGCCCUAACCGGACUCAUUCCCGUUUUCCCCACUCUCACUUUCCCCAAUCAUUACUCCAUCGUCACUGGUCUCUACCCUCCCCACCACGGCAUCAUCAACAACUUCUUCUUCGAUCCAAUCACCGGCGAAAAAUUCACCAUGGCGAGUCACGAAUCGAAAUGGUGGCUAGGUCAACCUUUAUGGGAAACCGUUGCUAACAACGGCAAAACCGCUGCUACUUACUUUUGGCCUGGCUCUGAGGUAAUCAAAGGCUUAUGGACUUGUCCUUUACGUUUUUGUAAACAUUAUGAUGGUUCUGUUCCUUUUGAGGAUAGGGUUGAUACUGUUUUGGAGUAUUUUGAUUUGCCACUUGAUGAAAUUCCUGUUUUUAUGACACUUUAUUUUGAGGAUCCUGAUCAUCAAGGUCAUCAAGUUGGACCUGAUGAUGAUGAGAUUACUCAAGCUGUUUCUAGGAUUGAUGGGGUUAUUGGAAGGCUUAUUAAUGGGUUGGAAAAAAGAGGGGUUUUUGAGGAUGUUACUAUUAUUAUGGUUGGUGAUCAUGGUAUGGUUGGUACUUGUGAUCAAAAGCUUGUUUUUUUAGAUGAUUUGGCUCCUUGGGUUGAUAUUACACCGAAUUGGGUUCAUUCCUAUACGCCCUUGCUUGCGAUUUGGCCGCCAAGUAAUCAUUCGGCCGCGGAUGUUGUGGUUAAGAUUAAUGAAGGAUUGAGUUCUGGGAGGGUUGAGAAUGGGAAUAAGUUGAGGGUGUUUUUGAAGGAAGAUUUGCCUCAACGUCUUCAUUAUGCAGAUAGCAAUAGGAUUCCGCCGAUUAUUGGGUUGGUUCAAGAGGGUUAUAAGGUGGAGCAAAGUAGGACGGGUAAGAAAGAGUGUGGCGGUGCUCAUGGUUAUGAUAAUGCCUUUUUUUCAAUGAGGACCAUUUUUAUUGGACAUGGUCCUCAAUUUGCUAGAGGGAGGAAGAUACCAUCCUUUCAGAAUGUUGAGAUUUAUAACUUGAUUACUUCUAUACUCAACGUAAAAGGUGCUCCUAAUAAUGGUUCUGACUCAUUUCCACAGUCUGUUCUUCUACCCUAUGCUUAACAACGCUUGAAAUUUGGUGGCUCUGGUUCUGAGGUGCUUGUCGUUGACACCAUGUCCUUCAUUCUCUAAGUGAUGCUCGGAAAUAUGAAAAAUGAUGAAGAGAGGUUGCAGAAAGAAAAGGGUGCUACGGCGCAAUCGUUUGGUUCAAUAAUUUUCAUUCUAUUUCUCGGGAUUUCUUAGUGCUUACAUGGUGAAGCUGGAUUACCAUGUUGUCAUUCUCAUAAAUUAGUACACCCUGAAAUGUAAAUGAAAAUGAUAUGAUAGUAUUCAUGACAAUGUUUAUUGAAAAUCUGUAAUGAAAUCAAAUUGCAGUAGUUCCUUUUGACUUUUA